AUGGGGGCCCCAGGGGGGCCCCCAACUCUGUCUUUGAUCUGCGCCCGGUACCGAGCUACACAGCUGUUGAGGGGACUGCAGCAGCAGCAGCAGCAGCAGCAGCAGCAGCAGCAACAGCAGCAGCAACAGAAGCAGCAGCUCCGAAUGCUGCGGUACAAACAAAUACCAAAAGUUAUAAUGGGGGCCCCAGGGGGGCCCCCAACUCUGUCUUUGAUCUGCGCCCGGUACCGAGCUACACAGCUGCUGAGGGGACUGCAGCAGCAGCAGCAGCAGCAGCAGCAGCAGCAGCAGCAACAGCAGCAGCAACAGAAGCAGCAGCUCCGAAACAGCAGCAGCAACAGAAGCAGCAGCUCCGAACUCUCUCUUUUCAACACCACAACGCGAUUGGGCAAGGGCCUCCUCCUUCUCCCAGCAGCAGCAGCAGCAGCAGCAGCAGCAGCAGCAGCAGCAAAAGGAGGGGGGGGCCCCCCUCUUUGCUGCUCCUGCUCCCCUCAGCCGCAUGAAGAGGGCCCCCCCAGGGUUUGGUGGGGGGGCCCCCCUGCAGGGGCAACAGCAGCAGCAACAGAAGCAGCAGCUCCGAACUCUCUCUUUUCAACACCACAACGCGACUGGGCAAGGGCCUCCUCCUUCUCCCAGCAGCAGCAGCAGCAGCAGCAGCAGCAGCAGCAAAAGGAGGGGGGGGCCCCCCUCUUUGCCGCUCCUGCUCCCCUCAGCCGCAUGAAGAGGGCCCCCCCAGGGUUUGGUGGGGGGGCCCCCCUGCAGGGGCCCCCCGUCAGUGGGCCUGCGGAAUCAGACCCAGUGGGUAUAGGUGCAGCAGCAGCAGCAGCAGCUGCUGCUGCUGCUGCUGCUGGUGCUGCUGCUGGUGCUGGUGGUGCUGCAGCAGCAGCAGCAGCAGCAGCAGCAGGGUUGAGAGCAGCAGACAGAGAAACAGAGGGUACCGAGAGCCCCUGUGGUGUGUCUCCGCACGACAUGCGGGGGGCCCCCCCUGCAUGCCCUGCAUCUAUAUAUCAGCAGCAGCAGCAGCAGCAGCAGCAGCAGCAGCACAAGCAGCAGCAGCAGCAGCAGCAGCAGCAGCACGCAUGCCCUGCAUCUAUAUAUCAGCAGCAGCAGCAGCAGCAGCAGCAGCACAAGCAGCAGCAGCAGCAGCAGCAGCAGCAGCAGCGGCAGCAACCGCAGCUAGUAUAUGCCUGGGAGGACCCCGGGCAGCAACCGCAGCUAGUAUAUGCCUGGGAGGACCCCGAGUGGCUGCAUAACGGCAGCAACCGCAGCUAG